UCAUUGGCGGCCCGUGCGGGGCAACGGACGGGCUUCGGGGGCUCCUGGGGGGCAUGGAGCUACCCGCCACCCCCCUCGGAGAAGCGCCUUCGUCUGCGGAGGGCGCUCAGCCUGGGGCGGCCGGGUGCAGCUCCCCAGGAGGGGGCCUGCGAGCCCGGGGUAGUUGACAGCCUGGGUCAGCGUCCUGCACGGCCCGGUUCUGCCGGCCUCUCACCUCCUCCUCUCUGUGCCCAGAACUCCAACGUGGAGAACCUGCCCCCCCACAUCAUCCGCCUGGUGUACAAGGAGGUGACGACGCUGACCACGGACCCUCCGGAUGGCAUCAAGGUCUUUCCCAACGAAGAGGACCUCACGGACCUGCAGGUCACCAUCGAGGGCCCUGAGGGGACCCCGUACGCCGGAGGCCUGUUCCGCAUGAAACUCCUGCUGGGGAAGGACUUUCCUGCCUCCCCGCCCAAGGGCUACUUCCUGACCAAGAUCUUCCACCCGAACGUGGGCGCCAACGGCGAGAUCUGCGUCAACGUGCUCAAGAGGGACUGGACGGCUGAGCUGGGCAUCCGGCACGUGCUGCUGACCAUCAAGUGCCUGCUGAUCCACCCCAACCCCGAGUCCGCCCUCAACGAGGAGGCGGGCCGCCUGGCCGAGGGGCCCAUGGCCAAGAAGCACGCCGGCGAGCGGGACAAGAAGCUGGCGGCCAAGAAGAAGACGGACAAGAAGCGGGCGCUGCGGCGGCUGUAGGGGUGCUUCCUCCACACCUGCCCGACCCUCAACUCUGUCUCUAAGUUAUUUAAGUUAUGGCUGGGGUGGGGGAGGGGGCACUGGGACCCGGAUUUGUUUUUCUAAAUAAAGUUGGAAAAGCAAGCA